CAGCCAGUCUUUUAGGGCAACUAGGAAGUUACAGUCAGUAAACGUUUGUUCUUGUAAUAAAUUGUGCCAUCAUGUGGAGUUUCGUCAUUUCAGCUUAGCUGGGUAGAAGAGGAAUCCAUAACACUCACACAGUCUUUUUAUAUUCAUGUGUGUGACGUUCAGUUAUUAAAUCAUCAUAGGCCACCCAGAUGGACAAUCCAAUUUUAAAUGUUUUGGAACAUGGUUGCCAAACCAAGGUGGUCUGCAAGCUUCCCAUUUAAGUAUACUAUGCUUGUAGUGUACUUCAUGACUAUAUUUCCUAACACAGUUAAGUGCACUUUUGUAAUUACAAAUACAUGACAAUGACAUACACAUUUCAAUAGAAAUGGCAGAAAAGUACCUAUAUUUUCGUUUACCAUGAAUGCGUGUCAGUACAUUAAAGCUACUUUUACCCUUGCAAGGGUACGCAGUUAUGUAAAAUUACCCAAGUAAAUUUCAAUACUAAAUGUUUAAAAGUCUUAAGAAGGUCUAUUUCCAGUUGCUUGAGGUGAACUGAAAUGUUAUCUGAACGCACAAUAACGAUAUCUAAAAGGGCAUCAAGGUCUCGUGCUACCUCGGACUGUUCGUACCUAAAAUGUUUACUUUUAUAUAAUUUUGAAUGUCCUGUCCAAGUAGCCCAGAAGGGCGGAACAAAAAUGAAGGCAAGGAGAAAAACACGCAGGCUGUGUUUCAAAACGUACUGAGCCGCCUAAAGUAGACAGCAUUUUUAGCACCGAGGGCGUGCUCAGAAUCCGUUCAGCUAAAUUAACAAAACCGCUCUCGAACAUGCUGUCUAGAAUUUUGAAGUCAAUUCAAAAAGCGCUACGAAUGCUGUCUAGUUAGGCGACUCGCUAUGUUUUGGAUCACCGUCUUGUUCUCAUGAAUCCCCAUUGGUCAGACUAAAGCUCCUCUGCUGCCACAAUACUGCACACACGUGACCCAGCUUUUCUGUACACACACACACACACACACAGUAAAACACAGCAGGCACUUAAAAGCCAACGCCAUGGCGCUUUGACCACCAAUUUCACCCUAUAUCCAAACAAUCACUAUGAACCCUCUCCGUUGACAAACACUAUCCCACGGCUAAUGGCGAGCGCGCUGCAGAUGAAGCCCUCCAGUCUGGAGCACACACGGAAGCGCGUAAUAGAUCCACGACGGAGACAAGCUGCGCUCUCAUUCCUCAGCAACAUCUCUCUGGACGGACGACCCGUGCAGGAUGACGGGGAGAAUCAGACCGAGGACGAGGACAGCUCCAGGACUAGACAGAGCCUGGUUUCUGCAGUGGGCCAGCAGGCAUUGGCCGCAGCAGCGAACCAGGCUCUCAGCAGUGCCCGAGCUGCUGGUUUCAUGGCUGGUAUCACGGGUCCCAGCGCGGCCGCCACCGCGGCUGCUGCUGCUCCUCUUCCAGCGUACGGAGCGGAUGCGGAGGGGGAUGUGUGCGGCUCUCAGGUGCUCCAGUCCGUGUUCAGCUCCCCCUUUUCAGCAGUUCCGCCGGCUACGAGAGGGAGACUUCAGACGUACACUCAGGGAAUCCUGCCUGUGUCCUACUCCAGGCAGUCCAGCCAGAACUACUGCUGUCUGGAGGGAGGGCAGAUAGCCAACUCUGCCCUGGAACUGCAGAGAUCCAGGCGGAGACUAAUAUCCCAGCGUUCCUCACUGGAGACUCUGGAGGAUAUUGAGGAGAACGCGCCUCUACGCAGAUGCCGAACUUUAUCUGGUUCACCCCGACCAAAGAGUUUCAAGAAGGUCCAUUUCAUCAAAAACAUAAGACAACAUGAUAUGCGCAAUGGAAGGAUAGUCCUUCUCAGUGGCAGAAGAUCCUUCUAUAGUGUUUUUUCUGUCCUGCCCUAUCGAGAUUGUAGCCAAACAGGGGAUGUGAAGGCAGAAAGCGGACGCCAGCGACACCCCUCGGGUGGCAUGAGUGCCAAGGAGAUGGUGAUCGGCCUGGAGGGUGUUGAAUUGGGUGCAGAUGGCAAGACAGUGUCAUACACACAGUUCCUGUAUCCAACCAAUGUACUGGGUCGUCGAAACACCAUCGACUCCACGUCGUCUUUCUCUCAGUCUCGCAAUGCCAGCCACCGGAGCCUCAGCCUGGCACGUGCCAACAGUAACCAGAGUAGCCUUGAUACCGGGAAUGAACUGGGAGAUUUCAGGGAGUACGACCCCAAUCUUCUGGAUGACCCGCAAUGGCCAUGUGGAAAGCACAAAAGAGUGCUUAUCUUUCCUUCAUACAUGACCACAGUCAUCGAGUAUGUCAAACCUUCUGAUCUCAAGAAGGACAUGAAUGAGACUUUCAAGGAGAAGUUUCCUCACAUUCGUCUAACACUGAGCAAGAUCAGAAGCCUGAAGAGAGAGAUCCGUAAACUAGCUCAGGAGGAGUGUGGCUACGAGGAGUCCACGGUGGCCAUGGCCUUCGUUUACUUUGAGAAGCUGGUGCUCCAGGGUAAACUCAACAAACCGAACCGCAAACUCUGCACGGGGGCCUGCGUCCUCCUCGCAGCCAAGAUCGGAGGAGACUUAAAGAAACACGAGGUCAAGCUUCUGAUUGAUAAACUGGAGGAGAGGUUUAGGGUGAACCGUCGAGAGCUGAUAGCCUUUGAGUUCCCCGUUCUCGUGGCUCUAGAGUUCAACCUGCAUCUUCCAGAGCAUGAAGUCAUGCCCCAUUAUAGACGCCUUCUGCAAAACUCCUAGCGACAGCCCCAUCAGGGGAGAGUCCUCCUUCUCUCCUGAUCUUCUCAUCCCAGAAACCCCCUAUGCACAUCGCCAACGUCCACUAUCAUCUCCAGAUGUUGGAAUAAAGACACUAUUCCACUGUUCUCUUUUCAGCCAAAGUGACAACUCUAUAUUGAACGUUUGUUUCCGCUCCAAGAAGCUACUUUCUAAAGGGAGUACCUUUUCCUGGACUGUUGAUUUCUCAGUUUACUGAGGACAUUUUAAAGUGUUCAUUUGUUUCCCACUUACAGGGUUGUAAGUGUUAAAGUGUCAAGUGUUAAAAGGACUAGCAACAAUUCUGUCAUCAUUUGCUCACCCCCAUCAUUCUCAAUUUGUAUGCUGUUAUUUUUUUCCGUGAAACACAAAAAGAAAACUUUUGAAGAAUCUUCCUGUUGUUCUUUUCCAUACAUUGACUGUUUUUAGUGACAAUGGCAGUCAAGCUCCAAAAACACACCAUAAAAUUCUUCUGAAGCCGUACAACAACUUUUUGUGAAGAGAAUAAUUUCUAUAAUUUCUGAGGGAUGGUUCACCCAACAAUUAAAAUCAUUCCAAACGUGUAUAACUUUCUAAGUUUUUGUCUAUACAAUGAAAGUCCACUGGGUCCAAGAAAUAUGGAUAAGACAUUUUUCAAAAAUAUCAACUUGUGUUCCAAAGAGGAAGGAAAGUCACCCAGGUUUGGAACGAGUAGAUGAUGACAGAAUUUUCAUUUGUGUAAAAUAUCCCUUUAAACAUUAUUAACUGAAAAUUCACCAAAACAUUGAAAUUUCCAUUGUGUUCCAUGAAAAAAGAACAGCAUAUCGGUUGGAACAUUGAGUAAAACUAGUCGAGGUUGAGCCAAUCAUGACGGAACUUUUAUAGUUUGACUUUUCACAAAACUGGCCAUUUCUAUCAAGUUUGGACUGUUUGAUUUCACAUUCUUUCUAGAGGUUACAGUAUUCCUGUAUUUUUCCAUUCUUCUUCAUAUUUCCUUAAUCCCAAACAGGGCCAUCCUUAGCUGAUGCGGGGCCCGGUGCGAGGUAGGGAGCGGGGCCCCCCUCGGUCCAUUCGCCGUGGGGCCCGAUGCGACCGCACCAGUUGCACCCCCCUAAGGACGGCCCUGAUCCCAAAGUUUGACACUCUGCCAAAUCUGACUAAUUUCACUGCACUCGAUCACUCUCGGUUGAAAGCCUUAAAAAAAAGUAGUCGAAUGAUCCUGAACUCUGGCAAGUAUGUGACUGUUCCUUAUGUACGACAAGUGCACUUUUCAAGUCUUGUGAAUGGCAGACCUUUAUGGCAUCUGCGGAAGCUGUAGGUGGAGGGGUUUUCAUCUCAUUUCAAUUCAUUUCAGCCAGCAGUCCCUCUGUUAGUGUAACCACCAAGCAAAAAUAUGUUGCGGACAGUAACAGUGGCAUCUGUGGUGGGACUUUUAUACAGUUCUUAAAGGGUACAUUUACGUACCCCUGUCGUUGUUUUUUACCCUUGUGUGUUGACUUUGACAGUUUUGUGUGGUGUGGCUUGCUGCACUCAUGGUUACUGUGGUCAUGCUCUAUGUUAGAGUGGAUUCUGAGCACAGUUGUAGUGCUACACUGUAUGAGGCAACAUCAGGUCAUAACGCUAUUUUGCCUAACUAGGCUCAACAGUGGCGGGAAUAAAAUCUGUAUGACUAAUAUGCUAUGGUGUUGACUAAUGCAUGUACACCAAAUCAGUGUUAAACUUGCGUUUGACUUGUAAACGCUUCUUUUUGAGAAUAUGUUUUGAUUUGAUGAUUGUUUUAAAUCCAUUUUCCUCUGAACCAGAUAUUUUCUAUCACCAUCGGUGGUACAGAAUUGUGUGUAAGAUGAAUUUUAUCUCACAGCGCACAGACUGUGUUACUACAUUCAUAAUCCCAUUUUUAAAUAUGUAAAGUGUAUAACGUUCACUAUGCACUACUCGGUUCCAUAAAUCGGUUAUAAACAACAGUUAGAGAUUGAUGCAAAAUCAAAUCAGUUAGAGUUAAACUUACUUUUAGAAGAGUAAUGGCAAACUUGCAUUUAACCAUUUAACUCUAAAAUAAAUAAUGCCUAGAAUGUGAAGAGUUAUAAAAGAUCAAGAUUUGGCCUUGUGAAAUGCACUUUAGGAUUUGUUAGCAAGUGACUUGGAUGCCCAAAACAGAUGAAGCAUUUGUACAAUGCAGAUACAUUUGUGUAAAUAUGCUGCUUUGCUUGUUCAAUAAAAAGC